GGGCAAUUUGCCAUGUCACCACACGCACUAAAAAAUCGCCUGGAACAGCCUAGGGAGAAAUCUAUCCAGCAGGACCUGGUCGAGAUAAUGGAUAAGAAUUACUGAGGCGAUCCCAGCCCAAUGGACGCCAUGUGGAUAGAAAUUAUCUUGGUUCCACCCCAUUUUGCCUAUGUCCCUUACCCACCAGGAAGAUAGAAGGUCGAUUCUGCCUAAUGCGUUGGUCUGGCCUCAGUACCAGGAACCUUUGCCAUUUUAUAAGAAACAGGCCCCGUGCAGGUUGAUAAGCUGACAGUACAAACCAGGAGAGCCUCUCCAAGCGUCUGACUCAACGACCGAGUUUCAUUCGUGGCGAUCAAGCAUGAUUCCUCCGGUGGAAGCUGCAGACUGGCAAGCUGGCAAAGGCGUAACUCAUGAACCGCCGGUGGAGGCAUUCCCCAUGGUCGGGGGCGGGACAGACACGACCAGUGCGUCAGAGGGGUGUCCAGAAGCCCAGCAUCCUGCAGCUCUGGACGUCGAAAAUGCUCCCGAGCGGCAUACAGAAGAGACUGUAGUGCUUCCUCGUCUCCCACAGGGCGUUCCUCCCGAGCUCAGUGGCUUCACGGGCGAGUUAAUAUUCAUCCUUCUCUGCUCCAUGGGCCUGUUCCUCUUCGGCCUCUUCCUCGGAAACGUCAUUAUCAACCAGGCCGUAUUCCCUCACGCGCUCGGGGUGAGCGAAAGCAAUACGCCAUGGUUGAUCGGUUCCUUCCUGCUGGCGAAUGGCAUCGCCGUGAUUGUCUCUGGGUCGCUGGCGGACCUGUCGAACCCGAAGCUUCUCAUGGUUCUGGGCUUCGGCUGGCUGGUCAUUUGGAAUAUCGUCGGGGUAUUUAGCAUCCGUCCCUCACUGCCAGUCCUCUUUUUCGUGGUCCGGGCCAUGCAGGGGCUCGCCAUUGGCGUCCUGCAGUCGACAUCGAUGAGUCUACUGGGGCGGGUGUACUCGCCUGGGAUUCGGAAAACGAGGGUAUUUUCAGUCAUGUCCGCAAUGACGCCCGUAGGUUUCCUCGUCGGCUGUCUGCAAGGCGGAGCGCUCACAGUACACCUGCCCUGGAUCUUCGGGAGUAACGCCAUAGCUUCCUUCAUCUUCGCAGUGGCCUCCUUCUACGGUAUCCCUUCGUUUGCCCCGAAGGCUGGUUCCUCCGGUGACCAACUAUCUCUCAAACACUUCGACGCCCUCGGCGCCGUUCUCGCUGCCCUGGGCUGCGGGCUAAUCAUCCUCGGGCUAACGCAAGGCGUCCCCAGUGGCUGGAGCCCAUACACUUACUCCCUCAUCAUCGUGGGAGCGGUCUUUCUAGUUCUAUUCUACUUCGCGGAACGACGCGCAUCGCGACCCCUCGUCGAUAACCGUCUCUGGACGACCCCCGGAUUUCUCCCCCUCGCGAUCUCCUAUUUUCUCGGAUACGGGGCAUAUGUCGGGGGAUGGAUGUUCUUCGCCGUGCGAUUUCUCCUCACAAUCCAGGGCCAUGCACCAAUCACCGUGGCUCUCUUCUUCAUUCCUAAUAUGGUCUGCGGCAUCCUUGCCACCUACAUCGUGUCGAAAACGCUUCAUCUCGUCCCGGGACACUGGAUCCUUAUCGCCGGGAUGGUCGCCACUACCAUGGGUCCGGUCUUCUUCAUACCCCAAACGCCGAAUACCAUCUACUGGGCGCUGUCGAUGCCAGGGAUUGCCCUCGUGACCUUCGGACCGGACCUGACAUUCGCAGCUGCGUCCAUCUUCAUCACGUCGAACGUCCCCCGCUCGUUCCAGGGCUCGGCCGGGAGUCUCCUGGUGACGAUUCAGAACCUGUCUGCGGCCAUUGUAACGGCCAUUGGAGAUACGAUCGGGAAGGAAGUCACCCAAGCAGGCGGCGACGGUUAUAGUCUGGACUUGGGUGCUUUACGCGCGAUUUGGUGGUUUAGUUUCGCAAUCUCGCUGGCGGCGGCGGGGGUUUGUGUGGGGUUUGUACGCAUCCCGAGGAGCGAGGAGAAGGACCACGUCGAGUGAUUUUCGAGGUGUUUGGAGACGGGGGACUAUGAGGAUUGCUCGUGGUUCUAACAUUGGCGUCUUGUGGUUAUUUUUACACGCCAAGUUGAACGUAAGUGUAUGGAUCUUCGGCGGAAAGGUUGGUAUAGAAUAGAAGGAUAUAGAUGCUUCUGUGCGGCUUGAUUAUAUAUCCAAUCAGGAAAGGAUUCACCAGCAACAGAGAUGUGGUAUUUCAACUGGUGAUACCGCGUGGAGAAUUGAGUCUUUACGUGAUUGACAAGA